CAUACAAGUCACCGUGUUGCCAUUGAAUAGCAUGGAAUUAAACCUUGUUCAGUGUAUAUGUUUUGUGGUCUUACGUGUUUUGUGCCUUCUUCAGUGUAUAUGUUUUGUGGUUUGUGGUUAUAGCCUGUGGUUACAGCAUUAUUUUUAAAAGUGGUGCAAGUUAUUUGAAUAGUUGUAUCUAGUAAUAAAGUUAAGAAAAAAUGGUGAUAGGUGCCUUUCCUGCAGCUAAAUUAGGGGCUCUGUUGCUAAAACAAAUAAGUAAGCCAAUAGCAAAUGUUGUAAAGAAUCAAGCGAAGAGUAGUCCAAUUUUUAGGAAAUACGUGUGUAUGCCACCAGCUCAGUUUUACAACUGGUGUGAGGUGAAAGCAAAAAUGUGGAUAUUGAAUCUUGGGAAACCUGUGAACAUACCAGUCCUCAGUGAAUCCAUGGCCAUAGAGUUAGGAGCCAAUCUUCUAGGUGAGGCUGUUAUAUUUUUAAUAGCUGCUGGGAUUUUGAUCUCAGAAUAUAACAGGUCUGUAAAGAAAGAGGCAGCCAAGGAAGAAGCAAAAAAACAGGAGAUGAGGGACCUGCAGAGUACUAUUGGGGAGCUCUUCAUUCAUACCGAGGAACAUGAUGCACAGAUAAGGGAGCUCACAAGGAAAAUACAUGACAUAGAGACACUCCUAGGUCGAAAGCCUGAUAAGCCAAAUCCAAAAGCACCACCACCGUUGCCAAAAUCGGUACAACCAUCAGAAACUGAAGUAGAAAAAUCAAAAGAAAAUGACCCUAUUACAAUGUACCCAGAUAUUGAAGAUGGACAACGUACAGACGACGAACAGUACACUACUAUUCACAAGUCGAUCAGUCCCGAUGAAAUGUUCAGCAAGAGGGGAAAUCUAGUUUUCAGAGCUGUGGAAGAAAUAGAAGACCAGUUCUGGGGUUAUCCGUACUUAGAACAGCAACAUAGCAUUCUUAUACUUAGUUUAUAUCACUUAGGUCAAGUAUUCAAAUGGGAAUGAUGAAAAAUACUCACUAGGAGAAGUUUUUAUUCAUCGCCGAUUCAGAGUAUAAUGUUAAACUGCGUAGUUUUCAAAAAUGUACAUAGAGAGUAUAACUGUGUUUUAAAUAUAAGAGAUGUGUCAACCGACAAAGCAACAUUUAAAAUUACUAUACAAUAUCUUUUUGAAGUUGUUGAUUGAAUAAAUGUAUGGGCAUAAGUUUUGCGAAAUUUUGCAGAUUUUCUAUGAUCCAAGGAAAACUAGGGAAAAAAUAAUGAAGCUGAAAACUUGAGCGGACUUUUGACAUUCUAUAACUUGGCUCAAAAAUCUGAUGCAAUCUUGAGUCGGCGUCUUAUCUUUUGUCAAGAUCAAAUGUCACAAAAACCGUCUUUCUUUUGCAACUAUUUAUUGUGAAGAAAGUGUUAUCAAGCAAUAAUGAUUUUAGUAGUUCCUUGUUGGCAUCAGAUUUCAAGUACAAGGAAUUAUUCUAUGACCCUCUGUUCUGGUCUGUGGGUGUUCGCUAUAAAAGGUUUGAUUUCAAGCUGUACUAUGACAGGUACCAAAUAAAAAAUGUGUUAAAUAGGGAAAACGCCAGAGGAACAUCAAAUUUAGCUGUAACUCUGGCAAAUAAUAGCAAAUUACCUAAACCUAAUUAUUUUUCAGUACUAUAGUAAUAUAUAUAUAUAUAUAUAUAUAUAUAUAUAUAAAGAGAAUAUGAUCAUGCGGAGAAAAGUAUAUAACAACAAGUAGGAAAAUAAUGGGC